AGUUCCCAACCGAGGCGGGAGAGGAGCGCGCAGCUCCCGGCCCGAGCCCUGCGCAGCGCCCGGCCUCCUCCGCUCGACCGCCGGCCGCGCCCCGCCUCUGCCCGCCGGCUCGGACACAGGCGCCCUCCGGGUAGAGAGCUCGGGCUCCGCGGGAGCGAGUGGUGGACCCCUGGGGCGGACGCUCGGCGAGACCGAACCGCAGCGCGGAGAGUCGGCGCCCCCGGCCACCCGGGCCCCGCGGGCUCUGGAAGGGCCGGACCACCGGACAGCGAGCGGGAGCCCGCGGGCCUGACAAGCCGCGGACGCGCAGGGAGCCCCGUCUCGGAAGCCGUCGGUCCCCGGGGUCAUCCUCGGCCCUGGGGGGGGCGGGGCGCGGGCGGACCAUGCCCAGCCUCCCGGCCCUGCUCGCCUUGCUGUUCGUCUGCUGGGCCCCACUCCGAGCCGCAGCCAGCUCCUGGUGGUCCUUGGCGAUGAGCCCAGUGCAGAGACCUGAGAUGUUCAUCAUCGGAGCCCAGCCCGUGUGCAGCCAGCUCCCAGGGCUGUCCGCUGGCCAGAGGAAGCUGUGCCAACUCUACCAGGAGCACAUGGCCUACAUCGGGGAGGGUGCCAGGACGGGCAUCAGGGAAUGCCAGCAUCAGUUCCGGCAGCGCCGGUGGAACUGCAGCACCGUGGACGACGCCUCCGUCUUCGGGAGAGUCCUGCAGAUUGGGAGCCGGGAGACGGCCUUCACCUAUGCCGUGAGCGCGGCUGGGGUGGUGAAUGCCAUCAGCCGCGCCUGCCGUGAGGGCGAGCUGUCCACCUGCGGCUGCAGCCGGGCCGCGCGGCCCAAGGACCUGCCCCGGGACUGGCUGUGGGGCGGCUGCGGCGACAACGUGGACUACGGCUACCGCUUCGCCAAGGAGUUCGUGGACGCCCGGGAGCGGGAGAAGAACUUCGCCAAGGGCUCGGAGGAGCAGGGCCGCGUGCUCAUGAACCUGCAGAAUAACGAGGCGGGCCGGAGGGCUGUGUACAAGACGGCAGACGUGGCCUGCAAAUGCCACGGCGUCUCGGGGUCCUGCAGCCUCAAGACCUGCUGGCUGCAGCUGGCCGAGUUCCGCAAGGUGGGGGACCAGCUGAAGGAGAAGUACGACAGCGCGGCCGCCAUGCGUAUCACCCGCCGCGGCAAGCUGGAGCUGGUCAACAGCCGCUUCAAGCCGCCCACCCCCGAGGACCUGGUGUACGUGGACCCCAGCCCGGACUACUGCCUGCGCGACGAGAGCACAGGCUCGCUGGGCACGCGGGGCCGCCUGUGCAACAAGACGUCCGAGGGCCUGGACGGCUGCGCGCUCAUGUGCUGCGGCCGCGGCUACGACCAGUUCAAGAGCGUGCGGACCGAGCGCUGCCACUGCAAGUUCCACUGGUGCUGCUUUGUCCGCUGCAAGAAGUGCACGCAGGUCGUGGACCAGUUCGUCUGCAAGUAGCCGGGGCCGCCGCCCGCUCCUCCGAGCCGGGCCCGGAAGUCUAUGGGAUAUAGAUCUAUAUAAAUAUAUUUUAUAUUUGUAUAAAGGAAAGGCUGGAUGGUAAAUAAUUAAAAGAAGACAACAGAAAGGAGAAGCUUAUUUAAGAGACGCUGGAGAUCUUUGAGGAUUGGGGUCUCUGCUUCCAGUGGGUGGGACGCGGGCCUUGUCUCCUGCCCUGGCUGGGCCUCUCUAGAGGUGGGGACUUGGGAAUGUCCACGGUCUACCCAACGAGGCCUUGAGGACAAAGAGAGUGCUUGGAGGGAGAAGUGGAUGGCAUCUGGAUUCCUUGUUGGGUGGGUGAUGGCCCUGUGACCCUGGUUGCCAAGCCAGGCAGCCCCUUGGAUGGUGAUGGGAACUCAACUUCACCCCUGGCAUCUUCUGGGUCUCCAGCAGAACACCGACCGCUUCCAUGAGAGGCCCAGCGCCUUCUCACGCAUUCGUCUGUGUGUGCUUGCAGAAUCCACAGUUUCAGGAAAGAGGACAGGCCCCUUGUCACCUCUGAUGGCGGGCCAGCUCCUCCCCUGACUCCGGGACCCAUCUUUCCCGCGAGAGAUUUUCUCACCCCAGGGUUCUCAGGCUUCCACCUCGGCUCCCACAGCAUCCGUGCCCGAGCUGCAGGAAGCCAGGUGGUGCCCAGUCAGGUGGUCGCACUGGGCUCCCGCACCACCGGGAGCGGACGCUCUGAUACUUCCGUUGGCCCUCCUUGUCCAGGGAGGCCUGGGGCAGGCCGGGGCCAGCUCCUGGCAUGGGCUCGGCUCUGCCCCGGAUAUAGUUCCCUCCAACAUUAAACACCCUCCACUGAAGCUUCUAUCUCUUUCCUUAUUUGGACACGUGGCUCCUUUUUAGUUUUGAUCCGGUCCUUGGAAACCUGCUGCAUGGUACACACACACACACAAGAGGGUGAGGGGAUGGGGAUCAUUCAGAGCCCUGGUCUGGGUGAGAGGGAUGGGGGAAUGUCAUGAGAAUUAAUAAGGUGACGCAUGUAUGCCUGCCCCCCAAAGGCAACUCAGGGAUCAACCAUGGCUGUUAACUCUGCUGUUCUGAACAGAACUCAGAGAUUGGAGGUUAAACCUCACGUUUGGCCCCUCUUCCCCAUUUUUACCUUCCAUCCGUCCUCCUGGGCUCUUAGAUUUGCACGGGCGAUGGGGAUGCUCUCUGCUGGCUUCUCUGUGUCACCAUGUCCGGUCCAGGGGCCAGAACUCCAGCUUUGGAGUAUCUGCUUGUUGUUUUUGUUCAGUCGCUCAGUCGUGUCCAACUCUCUGCAACCCACAAGAACUGCAGCAUGCCAGGCUUCCCUGUCCUUCACUAUCUCCAUGAGUUUGAUCAAACUCAUGUCAGUUGAGUUGAUGAUACCAUCCUCUGUCGCCCCCUUCUCCUGCCUUCAGUCUUUCCCAGCAUCAAGGUCUUUUCCAGUGAGUUAGCUCUUUGGCUCAGGUGGCCACAAUAUUGGAGCUUCAGCUCCAAUAUUGGUCCUUCCAAUGAAUAGUCAGGGUUGAUUUCCUUUGGGAUUGAUUGGUUUGAUCUCCUUGCAGUCCAAGGGACUCUCAAGAGUCUUCUCCAACACCACAGUUCAAAAGCAUCAAAUUUUUGGCACUCAGCCUUCUUUAUGGUCCAACUCUCACAUCCAUACAGACUACUGGAAAAUCCAUAGCUUUCAUCCAUAUAUGACUACUGGAAAAGCCAUAGCUUUGACUAUACACCUUUGUCGGCAAAGUAAUGUCUCUGUUUUUUAAUACGUUGUCUACGUUUGUCAUAGCUUUUCUUCUAAGGAGCAAGUAUCUGGGACUGGGGAGGAUAAGGUAGAGCUCAGAGACUCUAGAAAGGGAGGCAGUUUCUGGGAAAGAUGUUGAACCAGUAGCCACUCAAGACACUGGUUUCAUGUUAGAAACGUUUGUUUCUAGGGAAGGGAUGAGGUUGCAGAAUUAACUUGGUCAUAAAGAGCAAAUGACACUGCAGGUUCUGCCUAAGGGCAUAUGUGGUCCCGUCUCCUGCUGUGUCUUCAGUACCUAGAGAAGAACCUCCCUUCACCAAGGAACAUCCGGCUGUGUUACCCGUAACAGCUCCUCACAUGGUCACUCAGAUUCCUUUGGUAGACAUUUUAAGAGGAAUGGUCUAUGAGAGAAAAUGUUUAAACCAACUGGCCUACAAAAGAUUAAAACCAUGUCCUUGGCUUCGGUC